AUUUGGAGGAGGAGAUAAUUGCAAGAGGAGCGAGGAAAGGAAAUAUAGAAAACUGUGCCCAUAAUCGUCUCUACAACCCCACCAAUUUCUGUCUUCACUCUUCAGAGUUCAGCCAACCUUUUGGACACGUCUCUGUCUCUCUCUAAAACCCAGGUAUGCAGAUUCCGGUGAUCGAUCUCGGGCCAUACUUAGAAUUAUCUGGAAAAGAGCCGAACCCCGAUGAAGACGAGCUCGAUUCGGAGAUGAGGAUCCUUUGCGCGGAGGUCAGCCGAACCCUAAGAGAGACGGGAGCUUUACUCGUCAAAGAUCCACGGUGUACAGCUCAAGACAACGACCGCUUCCUCGAUAUGAUGGAGAAAUAUUUCGAAAUGCCCGUCGAUUUCAAGCGCCGGCAAGAACGUCCCCACCUCCAUUACCAGGUUGGAGUAACCCCUGAAGGAGUUGAAGUACCACGCAGUUUAGUGGAUCAAGAAAUGCAAGAGAAGCUAAAAGCACUGCCAGCAGAGUUUCAACCAGCCACUCCCACUGGACCAGAUCCAAAGUGGCGAUAUAUGUGGAGAGUUGGUCCACGGCCAUUGGUUACCCGUUUCAAGGAACAAAACUCGGAGCCUGUCAUACCAGAGGGGUUCCCUGAGUGGAAGGAUACCAUGGAUUUAUGGGGUUAUAAAAUGAUAUCUGCUGUAAAGGCUGUUGCUGAAAUGGCUGCAAUUGGAUUUGGUUUGCAAAAGGAUGCAUUCACUUCUCUUAUGAAGCAGCCGUUGUGCUUCUUUCGAGAAAGCCACUUCGAUGCACAGAGUAGUCGGGGAUUCUUCCUCGAGUCUUUGCUUAGUAGUGGAAAGCAGGUUGGGUUGUCGAGAAUCGUGGCUUGUUUCCAGCCUCUUGGGCAGCAGUCGAAGAAUAGCUAUAUUAUGCAUAUCUCCCCUUUGAAUUUUGAUGCUUUUGCUGUAUUAUUUUCCAUUGUGGUUCUCAUUGUGUAUGUAUGUUGCUUGUUUCCUGGACACACUCUCAUAAAGGAAUAUUCACUUCUCUUCCAGGGAUCACACUUGCUUUCUCCAACAGGAAGUGAUCUGAAACGACAUGGUCAGAUAGGCACUGUGUUUGCUGGGUAUCAUUACGACAUCAGCUUUCUUACAAUUCAUGGAAGGAGUAGAUUCCCAGGACUGAACAUCUGGCUUAGAAAUGGGCAGAAAAUGGAAGUCAAAGUUCCUGUGGGAUGUCUCCUCAUUCAAACAGGAAAGCAGUUAGAGUGGUUAACUGCUGGAGAAUGCACAGCUGGUAUGCAUGAAGUUGUCGUGACUGACCGCACUAUAGAAGCAAUCAGAUUAGCUUCCGAGCAAAACCGCAGCCUGUGGAGAGUAUCCUCAACACUUUUUGCGCAUGUAGCAACGGAUGAGGUGCUGAGACCUUUAGGACACUUUGCAGACUCACCAUUAGCCUUCAAAUACCCUCCUAUCUGUGAGGGUCAGUUUAUAGAACAGGAGCUUGCGAUUAUAAACCUGAAAGCAAACAAUGGAAAUUCCUGAUGAAUCAUUACUUCAAGACUGUAUACUUUUCCUGAAAUUGAAUAUAUAUAUUUUUUCCACCUUACCAACUCGAAGCUUAGCAUUUUAGUUAUUGGAGGUUAGCAAAGAUAAAUGCCUGGUAAGAUUUGUUGGAUGCUUCUUUUUUCAUCCAUGCCUUAAUUGGCCUGGUUUCAUAACAUGAUGUAAAGGCAGUUGCAUGUCAAUUGCCCGGUGCUAGGUUAUGGACUAAAAGUAAAAAUAAAAACGAGGAUUAUCUAGUAGGACAUUUUCACUUCAUGGGAAGGCGUCACUGUAAAGUGUAACUAGUGUGUAACCCGUGCGAGCACGGGUAAACAAUAUUAAAUAAUAAUUAUAAAU